GGAAUAAAACAACCUUCAGUACACACUAGCCGGUCUGUCCAAUCUCACGAAGUGAGCCCUCUUAUCAAGUUGUCAAGCCUUGUUUUGUGAUUAAUCUGUCCUUUAAAGGCACUCUCCCUGACCACAAGAGCGUGUGACAAUCGAGUGCACCAGUGUACAGCGAGGCGUCGGUGUGACCAGCCGGUACUAUGGACACGCGUCAAGAUAUUCAUCUGUCCGAGCUUAAAAAUGUGACACUCCGGUCAGCAACAGCGGGACCGCUGGAGGAGGAGAUACAGCGUAUAAUUGCGGCUGGAUCACGGGAGCACCCGCUACAUUUGCUCGAUCUGGACGAUCUGGUAAGAAAGCAUCUGGUCUGGCUGAGAACUAUGCCGCGUGUGACCCCAUUCUACGCCGUCAAGUGCAACGAUGAUCCAGCCAUUCUGGCAACACUGGCCGCACUAGGGACUGGGUUUGAUUGUGCCUCGGAAGCUGAGAUACGCACCAUGCUUGGACUGGGAGUUACUCCCGAUCGUAUCAUCUUCGCCCAUCCGAUCAAAUCUGUGCAAGCCCUCGCAUUCGCUAAAGCUCACGGAAUCCGCCGGAUGACGUUCGAUAAUGAGUGUGAACUGGAGAAGGUAGCACGCGAAUAUCCGGAAGCUGAGCUUGUGCUACGCAUCCGACACGACUCAGACCGUGUGUUGAUAGCGCUGGGCAAGAAGUUUGGGUGCGAUGCACGAGGUAAUGGACGUCAGCUGCUGGCACGUGCCAAACAACUCGGCGUUUCCGUGAUUGGCGUUAGCUUCCACGUUGGUUGUGGAAGCUUGGAUGCCGAUUGUUUCUAUCACGCGAUCGCAUCGGCUCGAUCGGUGUUUGAUUAUGCGCGGGAUGAGCUUGGGAUGCGGUUGUGGCUGCUCGAUGUAGGAGGAGGAUUCCCCGGGGACAACGAUAAACCGAUCGACGAGUACGCACAGGCAGUGUGCCGAGGAUUAGAGGAGUUCUUCCCGGACGAUAAGGACGAGGUGUUUGUAUUAGGAGAGCCAGGUCGAUUCUAUGUCGGAUCUGCUGUAACGCUGCUCACCACAGUUCAGGGCAAAAAGGUGGUCCGAGAUGAGGCCGACAACGUGCACCAGAUGAUGUACUACAUAAAUGAUGGAGUUUUUGGGACGCUGUUCGAUUGGCUCAGCCUGAGAGAGAUUAAGGAUCUGAAGCGUGCCGUUCCGUUGGUGCGCAAGGAGAGACAACACGAGCGUACCUUCCCAACCACCAUCUGGGGACCUACCUGUGACUCGACAGAUAUCGUGUGCGAAGAUGUGGAGUAUCCCGAGCAUCACAUAGGAGACUACAUCGUGUUUGAGAAUCUCGGUGCAUACGGCAUGACAUUCGCGACCAACUUCAACGGAUUUCCGAAGCCCUCGGUGCAGACUUACAUUAAAGAAAACAUGUGGAACAUGCUUCACACGAUCGCCAGCAAGGACUGGAAGCAGAAAACACUCACCUUCUUCGAGGGCAUCCUAGAGAAAGCUCCCUAACAAACAACACAACCAACGCGAACAGCUUUAAAUUGUAUUGCCUUUUAUUCGGUGAGUUCUGCGAGGUGCAUUUGUAUGUGUGUUUGAAUAAAACAACCUCCAAGUGUACCGAAAUCCCAAAAUGGGAAUUUCAAAACUAA